AGCUACAGUGCGUGAUGGCGCUGAGAGCGUCUCCUCUUCUUCCGCAGGAGAGACGAGAGGAGAGAAAAAAAUAAAGUUUUUUAUGAAACAAUUUUAAGAGGAGAGUUUAAACACAUCCUCUAAAAAAAUGCACACAUUGGACCAUAAAUAGCGUUCUUAAAAAGAGCAGCUUAAAAAAUGGCACAUAUUAAUCAAAGCCGGGGAACAGGAGAGCCCAUAGACUUUUUAACAAAGUUUCACAAUAUUUCGAAUAAACUAAAAAAACGAUUUCUGAGAAAGCCAAAUGUUGCAGAGGCAUGCGAUCAAUUUAGUGCCUUAGCUAAUGAAUGCGAACAAAGGGAAUUGUGGCAAUAUGCUGGUUUAUGUUACUUAGCGGCUGCUAGAUGUCAAGGCAUAUUAGAAAAUUCUUCAUCAGAAAUCAAUCUUCUAGUGAAAGCAGGAAGACAAUUUCUUACAGCUGAGAAGAAAAACAAUGAUAUUGGAUGUCCUUCCAUAGGUCAAGAAAACAUACAGGGAGCCAUUAGUUGUUUUGGACACUCUAUGAUAAGAUGUAGCAACCAAUUGGGAUUCAAUAUUGUUUCUGCGAGUUUAUCAGUAGAGCUUGCAUUAGCAUUGGGCUCAAAUCCUGCUAGCAUUCAACAACUGCGUAAAGCAGUCGAUAUCUUUCCUACAUCAAAAGCUAUUAAGACUUUAAUAUCUUUUCAUAUAAAUCAAGGAGAUUAUGUAGCUGCACUACAGAUCCUUAACGAAUUUGUGGAGUUUGUAGAAGCUUGUGUUGCAGCUGGUGCCAGAGGGAACUACAAUGCUAUUUUGCAUAGGUACGAAGUGACACGAUUACUUCUAUUGCUCAUUCUUCAGCCAUCACCCCAGAGACUAACAGCCUCUCUUGCCCAAGUUCUCGAGAAGUAUGCAUGGGCAGAAGAAACUGUGAACAAUGGACUCAAUAUGAGCGAAGAUGAACUGUUAUUAUUGCAAUCCCUGGUACUGGCUUGCCAGUCUCACGAUCAUCAAGCGGUAUUGGAACUUGAGAGCGAGUUAUAUCCUUAUUUUGACACUGAGCAAAAGGAAUUAUUACAUAAAUUGAUACAAGUACUGUCAACGCAAUAAAUAUAAAAUAAUGUUACAAAUUGAACGA